CAGCGAUCGGCUUAUUCCUCGUGAUGACUUAUUGGCCGACAUGGACGUCGAUAUUGAUGUCUUGGAAGAAGUGCCACAACCCGAAAUCCAUCAACGUCAGAGACCUGUGGAACCCGUACCCUCGGAUAAUGCCAUGCAUAUCGAUGAGGAGCAUCUUCUACAAGAUAUGCUUCGUCUUCAGGCAAAUAAUUUCAAUAUUAACGACAAUGAAGAUCGUACCCACAACUCAGAGCAGCCUCCUAGAAACGACAUACAGCCCGCAGAGGACGAGACAAGCCCAAAUAAUAAAACCCACCGGAAGAAUCAAAAGCAGCGCAAUAAAAGGAAACGAGCGCACAGGCGAGCUGGGAACGUUGCUGGAAAAGUAAUGCGUAACAGGCGUAAACGGUAAAAUAAGAAGAACUUAGCAGAGGCAGCAGGUAGUGACGUAAUUUUUAU